AAAGCCCAGUGGAACCCCAAUGAAAUCGACUCCUUCCUCACAUAUCUUAUCUCAGUCAAAUCAGUGAUGGCAGGCACGAGCUUCAAGGAGGCGACAUUCAAUGAAGCUGCGAAAUAUAUUGAGAGCUUGAGGACAGUUGGGCCUGUGAAGACUGGGGCUCAUUGCAAGAAUAAAUGGGCAAUGCAGACAUACAACGCCAUUGAGUCAUAUCGGCAUCAUAAAUCAGGUUGUCACUGGGACAAUGAGCGCGGGGCCAACAUUCAGGGGCCCGCCGCUGAAGCUGUC